AUGGCCGGAGUCUGCGUCCCAUGGGGCAGCGAAGCUUGCCGCCUUCUUUUCCCAAUCCGUCGUGAACUUCCGGUUUCCUUCGCUCUUCCGAAGUCCUCAUCUAUGAUCAUGAUCGUCAACGACAAUCUCAGCGGAUUCUUCAAGAGUAGUUUCUCCCCAGAGAUCUGCGCCACCGUCUCCUCAACAAUCCCCACAGAAACCAGCUCGUAG